AUGAAAAAACAACUUUCCCAAGCAUCGUCGCAACUUGUUUCGAAAGCUCUCAAAACCCAAUCAAAAAUCCCGAUAUGCUUCUUUGGCACGAAUCCUUCUUCAUAUCACCAAAAUUUGAAACAACCAUUUAGUAAUAACCCAAUUAAUAAUUUAUUAACUUCGGAACAGAAUCAACAAGACUCCUCCAAAACUACUCAUUUUGGCUUCAAGACUGUUCUUGAAGAUGAAAAGGAAAAAUUAGUUGGAGGAGUAUUUCAUAAUGUUGCAAGUCGUUAUGAUAUCAUGAAUGAUUUGAUGAGUGGAACGAUGCAUAGGGUUUGGAAAGAUCAACUCGUUCAGUAUCAUUACAAGCCUCAACCAGGAGGAACAUAUUUGGAUGUUGCUGGUGGUACAGGAGAUGUGGGUUUUCGAAUUGUAGAAGCAUUACGAAGAUCAUCUGAAGACUCUGGAGUUAAAAGUAAAGUCAUCAUUAGUGAUAUCAACCCUUCCAUGUUACAGGUUGGCAAAGACAAUGCUUCUCGAUUGGGAUUAGCUGCCACGUCUCCAACGGUAGACAUUGAAUGGCUUGAGGCUAAUGCUGAGGAUUUUACUGGAAAAAUUGAAAGUAAUUCUGUGGAUGGGUAUACCAUUUGCUUUGGUAUUAGAAAUUGCACUCACAUUGAUAAGGUUUUGAGUGAGGCAUACCGUGUGUUAAAACCUGGUGGUUGUUUCUGUUGUUUGGAAUUUAGUGAGGUUCCUGACAUGAUUAUUAGGUCUAUUUAUGAUUGGUAUAGCUUUAAUGUAAUUCCAAAGAUGGGAGAAAUUGUUGCAAACGAUUACGAUUCAUAUCAAUAUCUUGUUGAGAGUAUUAGAAAAUUCCCUAAUCAAAGUAAAUUCAAAGCCAUGAUUGAAGAGGCAGGUUUCAAGAAUGUCAGAUACACUAACUUGACAUUUGGAGUAGUAGCAAUUCACUCAGGUAUUAAGCUCUAA